GCUGAGGCCCGGGCGCGGUGGCCGGUGCGGGGCCGCGCCUGUUGCGGGCUCCCGGCCGACCCCUCCGGAGCCGGGCGGUCAGGGCCGCAGCCCAAGCGGCCUGGCCUCCCCCCCUCCACCCCGGCUUCUCCCGGCUUCUCGGCUCGGCCGGGCGCAGAGCCCUGCUCCCCCGGGCACCGGGAGGGUCCCGCGGGGGCCUGGGGACAGCCCGUACCGGGGGUGUGGGUGCGGGUGAGGCCACGGCGUGAGGAGCGGUGUCCCCAUGUCCCCCCGCCGGGAGCGGGACGGCAGAGCUCGGCCGUGGGGCAGGACCCACCCGCGGCCCCCCUCUCCCCCGGAGCAUCGCCGCCCCUCGAGUGGAACCCCUCCGGGGUGCACGGGUGGGAGUGGGGUUCGGUGACAUCCUGCCACAGGACACCAUCGCCUUCCUCUGCGCCCCUCGCACCCCCGCCAUCGCCGCUGGGGUGGGUCACAGCUCGGCACCGGGACCCCGGCCUGCCAAGGAGACGGCCGUCACCUCCUCCUGGGCUCAGGGUUGUUUGUGGACACCCCCCCUGGCCACAUCUCCCCGUACGGACGGGGGGCACCGUCCCACCAGGCUGCUCCUGGCCCAGGCUGCCCGGCCAGCGCUGAGAUUUGUCCCCAAGCCACGGGUGGCAAUGGAGAAGGGUCUGAGAGUUGCCUCGCCUGUGGAAGUCGCCGUUCAAAGCAGCGCUCCCGUGCACCGUCUGUCUCGUCAGGCGGGUUGGAAAGGCUCCUUUUUUAUUAUUUUUUGAAAAAGCAGUGGAGUCGCACCUCCUCCUCACACCUCCUCCUGCUGCUGCCACCGACAACAAACGUGGGGGACGGUGCGGUGACAAGGAUAUCCGCGCGGGAGAGCCGCCGUCCUGGGCUGACCCCGGAGGCUGCCACUGGGGCUCUGCUGGAGGGGCUACCCCGUGGCCGGGGAAGCCAUGCCUGUCCCUCCUCCUCAUCAUCCUCAUUCAUCUCUAACGACACAGGCUGAAGCAACUUCUGCUCUGCUGGGAAGCUUUUUGUGAUUUUCAUGAUGGUUUUUCUGUGGGAGUGCCUGGCUGGAUCCCGGCCGUGGGACAGCAAGACCCCAGGGGAGCCGUGCAGCUCUGGGAGGGGACAUUGGUCAGUGCUGGUGGGACAAGAGAAAAGCUUUUGGCUUGUGACAGAGGAUACUCAGCCCAUCGUCAACUCGCUGUGCCUUUCUCAUCACUCCCUGCCCUUGUGCACCCUGCUCCUGUGUCCUUCCCCACCAUGACGUCCAGCCACUCCAGCAGUGCCUGUCUCCACUGCGGUGAGGAUGUGCCUGAUGCCAGCAGAGCCCCACACGCCGACCCCCGGGUGCCCACAGCCCCGUCCCGCUGCCGGAGCCUCUGAUUGCCAAAAGCGUCUCCUUCAAAGCCAGGUUGAAGACACCCAUCCUCUUCCCAGCCGCAAAGUUCCCGGGAUAGUUUUGAAUUGGUAGAAUCGUGGAAUAUCAGGUUGGAAGUGACCUCGAGGAUCAUCCGGUCCAACCUUUCAUGGUAAAAGGAUGGUGGCCCCGCACCCCAUCUGGCUGAAUCUUAAAAGCACCUAAUCUUGGGGAAAACUUUUUCAGCAUUUUAUUAAAAAAGAGCUUUAAAAUUAAAAGAAAAAAAGGCUAAGAAAACAUCUUCUGAGCAGCACACGGACAUCCCCUGCCUGGAUCCGUGGUGUGGCUGAGCGGGCUUUGCCGUGGCGGUGCCGUGGGUGCCGUGGUCCCCCCUACCCGGGCUGAUAAGAGCUCAUGGGGAGCCAGCGGGGCUCCCCGGGGCGAUAACGAGCGCUCGGUCCUUAUCUGCUGGCACCCACACCCUCUGCGGAGGCGGAGAUAACGGGGGGAGCUGCGGCCGGUGGCGUUGGAAGGGGAACACCGGGAGAGGAGCCGGAGGGUCAUUCUCACCCAGGGUCCGUGCCUUGAGGGUAAAAUCCCGGGGUGGGACCCGUGGGGAGGGGGCUGCUGCUGUAACCCUCUGGGUGUGCUCACCGGCCGGCAGCGCAGGAUGCUCGUGCUGCAGCCCCUACAUCCUUUCCCAUCGGCGGCUGAAGCGGUGUGCGAUGUGCGUCCCCAUUAGUGGUGCUUUUCCCCCGGCCCCGGUCUGCUUUAUUGCUGGGAAAUGAGCUCUGGCUCCUGGAAGUGGUAUUUCUUCCUCCUGCCUGACAGCUCGUCGAUCCCUGCCCUCCCUGCCUUCCCCGGGGACGGCGCAGGCAGCAGGGCACGCAGGCAUGCCGGCGAUGGAAACCGAGCUUCAGCGGAGCGGGGGGAAAAGAGGCAGAUCUUCUCUGGAAAAUGGAGCGUGGCACAUGGCUGGGUGGGAGGAUGCUGCAGCGUGCCGGGGGCUGACCCGCGGUGCCACCCCGGCUGCGGGGAGCGGGACCCCCCGCCGCCCGCCCCAUGCUCCCCCACCGGGGCGGUGCCCCAUGACCAGCGGCGGCGGGUGCCCGCCGGGACCCCAGCCGCCCUGCCACCCGCCCCGUGCCAUCCGCCCCGCCAUGACGAGCCUCUUCCGUCGGAGCAGCAGCAAUGGCAGCUCACGUGGUGGUGGUGGUGGCUCCUCCGCCCAGGAGCUCAACAACAGCCGCCCCGCCAGGCAGGUCCGCCGGCUGGAGUUCAACCAGGCCAUGGAGGACUUCAAGACCAUGUUCCCCAACAUGGACUACGACAUCAUCGAGUGCGUCUUGAGGGCCAACAACGGGGCUGUGGAUGCCACCAUCGACCAGCUCCUGCAGAUGAACCUGGAUGGCAGCGGCUGCGAUGACAGCUCGGACUCAGAGGACAGCAUCCCCCCCGAGAUCUUGGAGCGGACCCUGGAGCCGGACAGCUCGGACGAGGAGCCCCCUCCUGUCUACUCCCCUCCUGCCUACGAGAGCCAGGCGUUCGGCAGCCGCUACCCCCGCGCACCACCCACCCCACCACCCAGGACGGAUGUGACGGGACCCGGCAGCACCCCGGCACCCGGGCGUUACAGGAACUGGAACCCGCCGCUCCUGGGCAACCUCCCCGAGGAUUUCCUGCGCAUCCUGCCCCAGCAGACAGCCAGCACACAGGGCUCCCCCAGGAGCCGGCAGCCCGUGCCGCGGGGGCUGGUCCCGCGGGGCCAGGGCUCCCUGGAGCAGGAGCGGCGGUGGAAGCAGUACCUGGAGGACGAGCGGAUCGCGCUCUUCCUGCAGAACGAAGAGUUCAUGAAGGAGCUCCAGCGGAACCGGGAUUUCCUCCUGGCCCUGGAGAGAGAUCGAUUGAAAUAUGAGUCGAAAAAAUCCAAGUCGAGCAGCGUUGCCGUCAGCAACGACUUUGGUUUCUCCUCCGUAAUAUCAGGUGACGUAGCCCCCUCUGGAACCAGCGAGGCCGGCGGUGCCGUGUCUGACGAUGCCUUAUUCAGAGACAAAUUGAAACACAUGGGAAAAUCCACGCGCAAAAAGCUGUUUGAACUCGCCAGAGCCUUCUCCGAGAAGACGAAGAUGAGGAAAUCAAAAAGAAAACACUUGUUGAAGCACCAAGUGAUGGGGACGGCGGCUUCCACGGCAAACCUUCUCGACGAUGUUGAAGGACAUUCGUGUGAUGAAGACUUCCAAGCGCGGAGGCAGCAGCUCCGGGAGGAAGAGGAGACGCCGAAGGAAGGGCAGUAAACGGUCCCAGCGCUGGGGUUUGUUGCUGGCACAGAACGUGCCCGAGGCUUCCCAAGGAGAUGGCUGAAAAAGGAUAAAAAAAAAACCACCAACCAAACCACCACCCGACAAAUAACCCGUUCUUUUGGCUGUUCCCCCUCUGCUGCUGUACUCCUCUGAAGUACAAGUAUCGACGUGAGGCACAAUGUUUUCUUACCAGCGGUUUGAAAACAACUUCUCCUAUCUAGCAAAUCAGCCAAAAGGGGAAAAAAAAAAGGAGAAAAGAAAAAAAAAAAGAAGUGGGCAGCUGCUGUGAGCUGCUGAGGAGGAGCCGGUGGAGCUCAGACUGGGGAGGAGCAGCAGCCCCCCUGCUCGCUGGGUCCGAGCGGCGUCGCAGGAGGAAUGAAAAUCAGUUGUACUAACGAGGACGCAUUCACACGUGGGAUCUGCUCGGCUGGAGCACUCCUGAACAUAUCUCUGUAGCGAUCUGAGGUAACUUUACUCUGCACACACAGGAAAAAAAAAAACCCAACGAACCACGUGAGAGAGAGAGAGAACCUAACAGCUGUUGUCUACUAUUGCUAGGAGUAACGAGCGGAGAUUCAGAUCAGGUAAUAGUCAAAUAAUAUAAAUUGUUUAUAAAAGGAAAGGCCUUCUUUUCCUAGGCGUUUCACUUUGAAUUAAACCUUUGCCUUCGGCAUUGCUAAAACUGCCUUGAAGUCCGGACGCUCUGUGGGCCGUGGCGUGGCUCCCUCCCGCCCCGGUGCCGCCGUGGGGCAGGACGCCCGUGGGGCAGGACACCGGGCAGCACCAAGGGCUGCAUUUCCCCUCGGUUUAACCCCCUGUGCCGAAACGGGAUGCUCCACGUCCCUCCGACGGGGUCCCGGCUGCCGGGCAAGGGCGCUCGGUGGCUCCCGGGAUGUCCCCCCGCCGUAGGUAAGAUGAGAAUUUGGAGCUGGGGGGUUCACAGCCGAGGCUGGUGGAGGCGUUUUUGGGCACUGUAGAGUUGGCACAAGGGCUUGCGGGUUCUGCCGGGUUUGGUGUGGGGCUGGGGGCUGGUCCCGAGCUCUCCCAAGGGAUUGGGGGGCCGGGUGGCAGCGCUUGAAUCAGCUUUCGGAGAUGCUGUCAGGCUAAAAAUAAUUACGUAAACAAAUUCCUUCCCUGUGUAAGUAAUGAGUGACGAGCGUAAAGUCAGAAUUCGCUCCCGCCAGCACAUUUUCUUCUCCUUUAUCGGUGUAAUCUGUUUACUGCUGAAGGCGGGAGGUGCCUAGAGACGUGCCUGCUUCUCUUUCUGGCUCCCGCCAACCAGCCCAAAUGUUGCAAGAUGGGAGCUGCGAAGGCGGCAGACGCAGGAGCCCCAGCCGUCAAACACACACGCAAACUGUUUUCCCUGCCUCUCCGCGGGGUUUUGGUAACAAAAGCCCACGUUGCAGGCGCUUGGCUCCCGACGGGCUCCUUUUUCACUCCCCCCCCGGAGCCCCGCGUGCCUUUGAAGCGGGCGCCAGGAUUUCUCUCCGCACCUGCUGAGCGUCGCUGCCGUCGCGGGGAUCGGUGGGGACCCCGCUGCUUUCCCCCCCUCCCCGCUCCCUGCCUGGCACCGGGGCUGCUCUGAGAGCUCUGGGGCUGCGGGGUCUGGGUCGUGUCCCCCUUAGAGCCUGGGGUGCACCCCAGGACCCCAGUGAGCUCUGCAUUCCUAAAAUCAAAGGAGCAGAAGAGCCACCGAGCUGAGCCCAGCUUUGGUGUCUGCUCCUUUUCUAUGGAAGGGAGGAGAGAGGAGCAUCCCUUGAGUCGUGGCAGCUCGGCCGAUGGGUCAGAGGUUGUCCCAAGCCACGAUGGCCUUGUCCUGCCCUGCGUGCCGGGCUGUUGGGUGGAAGGAGGUGCUGGAGAGGCAUGGUGGAGCUUUACACCGGGCUGCUCUGCUCCCUGCGGGGUAAAACGGGCACCUGGAGAGGUGUGUCCCCACCUGGCUGGGGGUGCAAGCGUGGCUGCAGGUGCACGGGGCUAAGUGUGAAGCUGGGGCUGGGAACAGAAGGUCCUUCUGUCCCUGGGUGGGAAUUUUAUCCCCAGACGGGUGAGGAGAGAGAAGGGGCUCCUUUCCUACCCUCCCCUGGCUCCGGGGUCCUCCUCGGCUGCCGUUACUCCCUCCCAGUCCGAAGCCUCUCUCUGCACAUUUGGAAGAAGACCAAACUUGGAACCGGAUCGGCUCGUCAACGUUCCAGCACCUCGUAGCUACCAAGGGCUUAACUUUCAGGGAAGUUUCCAUGAGGGCAGGAAGCACCAUCGGGUGGUCGGGCAGGAGCUCAGGCUCUGGCCGGAGGGAGAUUCUCCUUCUCCCCAGCCCUCGGGAGGUUGUUACCGGAGGGUUGGUCUGGAGAGUGGGGAGGAGAGGGCAGUGAAGUGCUUGUGCUGGGUGGUGGGGGCAUGUCCACCCGCUGCCCAGCCCUGGGAGGGUUUGCUGUGCUCCUCAUCCUCACCAGAGGACAGGUCACGUCGUGCCGUGGCUGUGGAGGCCAGCGUGGAGCUCUCUUUGCCAGCCCCUGGCCCUGGGCGAGCCACGUUUGGCAUCACGUCCCAGGUCUGUCCCUCUGAACGGUGUCUCUCUGGAGCCACCACAGAACAUCUCGGAGCCACAAAGCAUCAUUUUAAUGGGGGAUGAAGAGUGAUUAUUUUUAUGUCCUUUAAAAAAAAAAAAACAAACAUAAAAAAAUAAAAAAUCAGGUCUAACGAGUAGAAAAGGCCACUAAAACCGGCUGGGAAGCCAAAAUGCGUUUCUUACGUAAAACUGUACAAUUCUCAGUGACGUUUGUAUCACUUCUAUACAAAAGGGUUUAAAAAGAACAAAACAGAACAAUCUGUGACAUUUGUGAGUGUUGCUAUUUUAGAAUUUAUUUCCAUAAGUGAUUUUUUUCUUAAAGAUGUUUAAUAGUAAUUCAUAUAAUAAAGUCCUGUUGUACUCUUAA